GUUUACUCUUUGAAAAGUCUUCCACGCUGCAACGAUCAAGAACGGUGUCCCCAUAUUUUUUAUCUUUGUUUACGAUAUCUACUCGCCACUUGCGGCGAAAUUCAAAGAAGCUCAACAUGUCUGACUCAGUUUUUGUGAAAUCUGUGCGGAUUGCUACUGUUGUAACACUAUAUUGGGUAAUUUCAAUAUCCAUGGUGUUCUUGAACAAGUAUCUACUCAGUAGUCCUGACCUGAAGCUCGAUGCUCCUCUGUUUGUCACGUGGUUUCAGUGUGUUGUUUGCUUAGUUUGCCUGUUCCUUUUGAGUUUCUUGGGGGAUAAAUAUCCAUGGAUUGACAAGUUCCCAGCUUUCAGUAUUGAUCUAAAGGUGUCAAGAGAGGUUCUUCCACUGUCCAUAGUUUUUGUGGGAAUGAUAACUUUCAAUAACUUAUGUCUCAAGUACCUUGGAGUAUCAUUUUACAAUGUUGGAAGAUCUCUUACAACAGUUUUCAAUGUGAUCUGUUCCUUCCUUAUCCUUGGCCAGAAGACAUCGUGCAAAGCUAUGUUGUGCUGUUCCAUUAUUAUCUGUGGUUUUCUCCUGGGUGUGGACCAAGAAGGAAACUCGGGAAAAUUGUCCUACCUUGGAAUUCUGUUUGGAGUAUUAGCCAGCCUUUGUGUAUCCCUAAAUGCAAUUUUCACUAAAAAAGUUCUCCCAGUUGUUGACAGUAACAUCUGGCGUCUACAACUCUAUAACAAUUUUAAUGCUGUUUUUCUUUUUCUCCCUCUGAUGGGGAUAUGUGGUGAAAUACAAGUAAUCCAUGGCUUCCACAUGCUCAAGUCUAUGUACUUUUGGGGGAUGAUGGUCUUGGGUGGGUUGUUGGGAAUUGCAAUUGGAUAUGUAACAGGCCUGCAAAUCAAAGUAACAAGUCCUUUGACACACAAUGUGAGUGGAACAGCAAAGGCUUGUGCUCAGACAAUUCUUUCUGUGACGGUGAAUCAAGAGAUUAAAACAGCGCUAUGGUGGUUCAGUAAUGCAUUAGUUUUAGGGGGUUCAACUGCUUACACUUUUGUGAAACACAGUGAAAUGAAAGUGGAGCAUAACAACAAAGUUGAGCAGUCUCAUAAAGGCAAUGGAAAUCAAGAACAGCAGAAAAAUGGAGGGAGUGUUGUGUAGUUUUUAAGUCUUGCUUAGUUAUACAAGAGGAACAUUUCUUUAACUUAAUUAAAUUUUUCCGAAAAUGUGAGAGAUUUGCUAUUCUCAAUAUUUAAUACAUCUCAGUAUUCUAGCUUGUAAACAUUCUUUGUGAAUAAGGUAUGAGAAUUUGGUGAUAGAUUCAGAUGAUAACUUCUACCUGAGAAGUUUGAUUCUCAUAACUGUUUAUUGGAUAUUUUAGGGAGAAGUUACAUGUUAAUCACUUCUGGGAGACAAAUGGUUAACAUCUAUAUUGACUUUUUUCCAAAAUUUAAUGAAUUUUGUUAUUCUCAACAUUUAGUUCUUAUUAACCGAGCAGGAGGUCUGUAUG